AUGCUGCCCAGGACAGGAGCAGUGGGCCGCGGCGGCGGCCCCUCGCCGCAGUUUGGCGCUUGGAGGCUGGGACGGCGAGGGCGUCGAAUGCCGCGGAACCGCUCGUCGGAUUUUAUGCCCCAGAUUUCCAUAUCAAUCCCGAACCACAUCACGAAGGCCCAAGUCUCGUGUACUUUUGAUCUUCCUGACUCCGUGUUUCCUCCCCAGGGUGGCUUCGCGCGCGUGCACGAGGUGACGGACCUGACCACCAGCAAGACGUACGCGGGGAAGAUCAUCCCCAAAUGCCGGAUCACGAAGCCGCACCACAAGGAGAAGAUCGCUCGCGAGAUCGAGGUCCACCGGCACCUGCGCCACCGCCACGUCGUCCGCUUUCACCACUACUUCGAGGACGACGCCAACGUGUACAUCAUCCUUGAGAACUGCGCCCGAAGGAGCCUCGUGCACGUGCUGAAACACCGGCGUACGCUCACGGAGCCGGAGGUGCGCUACUACAUGCGGCAGUUGGCCGAGGGCGUGGCGUACGUGCACCAGCAGCAGGUCAUUCAUCGGGACCUGAAAUUGGGCAACAUGUUUCUCACGGAGGACAUGGUCAUGAAGAUCGGGGACUUCGGCCUGGCCACGCGCGUCGACGACAACAGGAAUGUGUAAGUUGGCGUCCGGGCUCCGCGCGGGCAGGCGG